UAUGUCAUACAUCACGCAUGACGUAUUCUUUCGGGGAAAUUGAGAAUAUCAGCGCGUUGAUUGGUUAACGCCUCUGGAAUCACGUGGAGAAAUGUUUGACAUCGCUGAUGUCGUCACAUAAACUUGAUUCAGAGUGGUAACAGAAGGUUUCGUUUUGUUUUGGGGCUGAUUAUUAUACAUUCUUAUACUUUUAAACGGAUUUAUAUUUUAACAAGUAACUUUUUGGAGCGCGGGAGAUGUCAACGUUGACGCUCAACCCGACUGGAAUGCUAUCAGACUGCUCGUGCUUGUCUAAUAGAAAGAAGGUUGUGGAAGGGGUUUGAAGUAAUUCAACCAAAAGAUACUGAUCAGAUAGUAUUCCUCGAACUUUGAAAUACUUCCUUAUAAAUAAUUAAAAUGGCAACGGUUGAAAGUGAUGCUGUUCCUUUUGAUAUUCCAGAAGAAGAAACAGAGGAGAAGAAAACAGAAAAGCCUGAACCUGAGCCUGAGUCUAAGCCUAAAUCCAAAACCAAAGAAGAACCAAAAUAUAAAAGUAAGAAGAAAGAUUUUUUCUCAGAUUCAAGUGAUGAUAGUGAUUCUGAUGAUGAUGGUUUUUUCAGACGUGCAAGUAAAAAUUCAGGACAGAACAUACUAAUACAUAAAGGUAGAAAUAUUCAUAUUGGUAACAGUUACAACUUUACACAAGUUCGCACAGCAGUAUCAAACAUUAAUAUUAAGAAAAAUAAAAAUCCUCCUUCAGAAUUUGGUCCUCAGUUUACUGAAAGUACGAAGAGAAAAUUACCAGAUGAAAUAAAAGAUUCAGUUCGUGAAAUAGAUCCCGAAGCCAUGCAUUUUGUUGCUGAACAUAUAGCUAGUGACUGGAAGAAACUAGCAAGAUAUCUUCCUCCAAAAGGAAAAGUAUUUUCAGAAGGAAAGCUAAAAACCUUUGAAGAUGAUAAUCCAAGAAAUCAAGAUGAAGCAAUUUAUCAAAUGCUCAAUGCUUGGAAAGAAAAAUAUCCUAAUGAAGCAACCAUUGGAAAUUUAGCCGAGACAUUAAACACAAUUAGAAAAUAUGAAAUUGCAAUCAAAUUAAAACCCUAAAUUUCAAUCUUUAGAAGUUACUGAGGUUAAAAAAUUGCCAGAAUACAAGGUUUUCAUAAACCAGUAUCAUACUUUUAUAUUUUGUGCCUUUUGAAAUAUAAUAAUCUUGUAAAUUAUUGAAAAAGUUACAAAAUCAUUACAAAAAUAAUCAUUACAAAAUGUAAUGACUAUUUGAGAUUAUUUAGAUUGCCAAAAAUUGUCAUUAUUGGAAAUAAUGACUGUAUACUUAAUUACAUGGAUAUUAUCGAUAUAGAAGUCAUAAUAUUUACUCAUAUAGACAUAUUUCAGCAUGAAAGAGAAUCUCUGCACUAGAAUAAUGGAGGAAAGCAUCAUGUAAAAUAAUGAAUUUUAAUAAAAUCUUUUUUAUGUAGAAUGAAAGACUUUUUUACACGCAUAAAAUGAGUAAUU